GGAGAAGGACAGGGAGGGACCGUUGAGACAAGCAAAGACAGCUGAGAAUGUGAGAUCGUUCUCCUGGGAGGAAGUUCUUGCAUUCUAAGCUGUCUGAGGGCACUGUUGACCAAACCUGAGAAGGUCCGACAACAAGAAAUGUGCAAAAGUUGCCCAAUUAGCAGGAGGGAUGGUGGCAACUUCUUGUCGCGUGCGGUGCUGAAGUUCAAAACGGCUGUCAGUCAAAACCCAUACAGAGCUGUGAAGGACAGACCCAAAUCUGCCAUAUUCAACCCGUAUACAGCAUGUCAUCAGAGGGCAAGGAUAUCAUCUACCAGAGGAUAGGGCUUCUGCUGGCUAUUAUCCUCAAGACUAAUGCGUCUGCAUGUAACUUUGUCCUUUCUGGGAUGGGAGUUUGAGACAUGGCUGUCCUAAAAGCAUGUUUAAAACCCUCUACGCCCUGGGGGUGACAAGUUCCAUAAAUGUUGCCAGAGCUGCAGCAGAGAGACUCCAGUCUGGGAGGAUUAUGGAGGAGAGUGGAGAGGAUGAAGAUGAGGACUCCUCUUGUGGAUCUGAGGAGAGUCUGAGUGCUUCUGAAGAGUCUCACAGUUCUUCCCCGAUCCACUCUCUGGCCUGGACCAAUCCCACUCCCCAGCUCCAUAGAGAGGUCCUGGUCUCGUUCCCGUUCUCGUUCCCGAUCCCACUCCAAGUCUGGUUCCCGCAGGCACUAUUCCCGUUCCCACCACCAGCGUUCUCGACCCCACUCCAGAAGCUCCCGCAGGCACUACUCCCACUCUCGCUCCCGUUCCCACCACUGGCGUUCUUGGCGCCGUUCCCACAUACCGUCUGCGUCGGAGCCACAGCCAUUCCCCCAACCGCAACAGGCACAUCGGCAACAGGGGUGUGGAGAGCAGAGUGGAAUCAGACAGAGGAAGGAGACGAGCAGUUUCCUCCACCACUGAACCAUCAGACACAGACCAGAUCCCAACCCCAACCCCCUCAACCAGACACAGACCAGACCCCAACCCCAAACCCUGAGACCUCCAGUCCACAACCCCCUCAACCAGACACAGACCCCACCCCGGGACCUCCUCUGACCAACCAAAGCCAAACGGCUCCAAGACAUAUGACGUUCUGCAUCUGACCAAUGCCUCAAGGGCAUACCACAAGAUGUGCAAAGACAGAGGCUACUGCAGAGGACAGACGGCCCAGAGUUGUUCCUGCUCAUGAGUAGUGCCCAGAGUCUUUCCUUGACCACAUGACUUGACCAGGAAAAACGUCUGCCCAUGUCUCACUGUUCCCCCAUGUCUCCUCAGGACUUUGCUGGCCCAUUGGAAAACACCUGCUGAAGAACCAAAGCCUCCAAAAGGGAAGACAAAAAAGAAACCUGCUCAAACAUCCCAAAAAAGAACAAACAACGAACCAUCUCAGAAGCACAAAACACAACAGGCAAAGAAACCACACUGUAGUCGCAAGCCCAAGAAGAGGAGGAUAAAGAAAGCUGCCAAAACUCCCCAAAAUACAGACACAAACAAAGAAUUUGCUCAAAUACCAGACACAAACGAAGACGUCUCUCAAAUUCUCCCAAUAAGGGAAGUGGACAUGGAGGCUACUGAAACAUGGGACGCAGCGGACAUUCUGACCUACCAGAUUCUAUGACAUCCAAUGGGUUCUCUCUCGCUUACUUACACACACACACACCAGUGCGCAGUACACAAAGACUCCUGUUUCAAUCUUUUUUUACCAGAAAUGUUGCUGAAGAAAUGGUUUCUCUUUAUUGAUUUAUAUACAGUGGUGUGAAAAAGUGUU